AUGAGCCCAAAGUACAAGUCCGAGGCCGGUGCGACUGCACAAGCCAAAUUAGCCAAGGUUACCGACCUUCCUAACAAGACCGCUGGAAAACAACUUGAAGAGAAGUCGGCAGCGCCCAUGGGGACGAUGGACAAGAUGAUGGCGAUGGUCGGGGACAUCAGCGACACAAUGAAUUUCCUGGGAGCGGGAGUGACUCUCCAAGCUUUGGAUGGAGAUCUUUCCUGGAAGAAGUCUCCAACCGAUUUUGGAGCAAUGCGUCAAGACUUCGGAUAUGUUGGCUUGCAUCGUGGCAAAUACGGUGGCGCGGAAGCCAGGAUGGGUGCGGUGCCGGAAUCGACACACCCCAGGCAAGAAACACCCCCAGACAUGUACCCCGGUGUCGGCAUGCCUGACAGGUUUUUUGCCGACGAAGACCCUCAAGUCUACGGGAUGCCGGACGCGAAGGAUCGGAAACUCGCACUUCAAUCAUUCAACGUCAAGGAGCUCUACCUGUGA